AUGACCGCCGUCUCGCGUCUGGCCUUCCAGCUAGCCGUGCGCCCGCCGCUUUCCUCCUCCCUGCUGCAUCAACGCGCGCUGCCCACCUGCCGCCGGCCAGCCGCGCCACGCCGGCGCCACGGCACGCGGCGCCAAGCGCCGUCUGCGAGCUACGGCACGGAGGGGGACGCGCAGGCGUGGUCGGGUUUCCGCACGUCGGGCAUCCGUCCGAAGCAGAGCCUGGGGCAGAACUUCCUGCGCGACGGCAACAUGGUCUCGCGCAUUGUGCAGUCGUUCGGCGCGGCCGUGGACGAGCUCUGCCCGGACGCGCACGUGGUCGAGGUCGGGCCGGGGCUCGGCGCGUUGACCACGCGGCUGGUCGAGCGCUACCCGGACAUGCUCGCGAUCGAGAUCGACCGCCGCGCAGUGCAGUACCUGCACGAGAACUUUGACGGCCUCGCCGUGCGGCACGGCGACGUGCUGGAGACGGACUGGCCCGGCGUGGCGGCCGAGGUGGCGAAGCCGCUCGCGGUUAUUGGCAACUUGCCGUAUAAUAUCGUGUCGCAGAUCCUGUUCUCGCUGCUCGAGGCGCCCAGCGGCACCAUCGGGGUGGCGGUCGUUAUGAUGCAGAAGGAGGUGGCCGAGCGCAUCGCCGCCAAGACGAGGACGAAGGCGUACGGGAUUUUGUCCGUGGUAGCGCAGCUGUACGCCAAGCCGAGGAUGCUGUUCAAGGUGCCGAAUACGGUGUUUUAUCCGCAGCCGGACGUGACGUCGGCGCUGGUGCAGUUUGAGUUUCAGCUGGACGAGUGCUUGGAUGUGAGGAAUACCACGCUGACGAGGGGGUUGCGCACUGUUGUUAGGACCGCGUUCAACCAGAGGAGGAAGGUUCUCCGCAAUUCGCUCAGGACGCUGUGCGAGGAGAAGGGCGUGCAGUUGCCGGACAAGUGGGCGCGGAAGAGGGCAGAGGAGGUGCCGCCACCAGAGUUUGUGGAAAUGACAAGGUUUCUGUUUGAGAAGGAACUGGAGACGCCCGAGUUGGUGCCGCUCUCGGAUAGACCGACGACUGUGUGGCGGUAGCCUGGUCCUCUCUGGAGCUCUAGGCGUUUUGCAAAUCUAUAUAGUAAAGGUCUUGGCGCUGCAAAUCAACGAGUGAGUGUUCACUUCUUAAA